GCUGUCAAUUUCUAGAUGGAAAAGGUGCCAGUUGAAUUCCUCACUUUUUCACCGAACGUCGAACAGGCAAGUCAUUUUAACUUUUUGUGUGGAACAACUAACUACCAAAAAAUGGACAAGUUUUUGUGGUCAGGAAAAAGUGAACCUUCAACUUCCGAGGAAGCCCCUGGGAAUCAGGCAGAAGAAAGAAGUCCACCGACUCGGGAGCAAAUCGAACGUAAGCUCAAGGCGAUUUUGGAAAUUUUGGAAAUUUUGGAAGAGACCAGCAGUCCUGGGGAGGAUCCGGUAAAGAUUCCUCCCAUUCCACCGACUGGGGACCAAAUCGAAUGUAAGCUCAAGGCGAUUUUGGACAUUUUGGAAGAGACCAGCAGUCCUGGGGAGGAUCCGGUAAAGAUUCCUCCCAUUCCGGAGCCGCCUGUUCUGAAUGACCGCCGUCGCAAGCGUCCGAUGGAAGACGACUUCCUUGGCGAUAGCACCGAAGGCUUACCAAAAAAGCCCAAGAAAUCAAUGAAGAAGGAACCAGAAUUGUUUCCAAAUUCAUUGGACUCUAAGGAUCCAGGCAUCACCAUGGCUGUUAUGGCGAAAAGUUAUCCCAGUCUAGUUAUGAGUAUGCUGCAGCUGGCCAGGAUUGAGUACGCCCUCGUGAAGGAAAUGAGGAGGGGCUGGAUAGCCAGCAUGAAUUUUGAAGGCAUACGAUAUUUCCCAGGAUAUAUUCUAGUUAAAUGCAUGGAUGAGAACUCCAAGAAGUGGCUUGAGCAUGUGAUGCCAAAGAUCACGGAGGUAAUUGGGAUCGAACUGAUAACCUGUCCCAAGGAUGAGAUUCCAGCCACCAUGGAAAUGUAUGUCUGUGUACCGCACUCUGCCCAUGAGAAUGAUAAUAAAAUAAUGAAACAUUUAAUCGAUCAGAACCAAGACCUUCUGUCGAAGUCUUGGCAGUUCGGCCGAUCUUUAAAGUUCCCUAAUGGCGACAAGGUGGUAUCCAUCAAAAUUUCGAAAAAAUCACUACUGCUGCUGCAGGAGAGAGGAUGGAUGGUGAGUUACUGUUUUAACCAGCUUUUGGCUUGCAUAAUGCCGAAGUCGGUAAGCCUAAAACCCAAGGGAAACAAUACAUAUGAAGAAGAGGAACAGGAGAGGAACUGAAAUGAUAAUAGAAAUGUUCCAUUCAUUAUCAACAUUCAUUACCAAAUGAUAAUGGUAAUGUUGUAUUCAUUACCAACAGGAGAAGAAAAAUGAUUCAUUACCAUUAUCAUAGAUAAGAAAAUGGUUGAGCAUAGGAGAACCAACAUAUAACAUUAAAGGAAAGGCAAGACUUAGGGGUGAACUCAAGACAAUUGAUUUGGGACAGCAUUUAAAACUUAACCUUCAACAUUAUUCAAACCAACAUAUCUCAAGACAACUGCUGCGGGGCAACAUUUGAAACUUAACCAUUAACAAACAUUAAGCAAACCCACAUUACCAGAAGGAAGCUUGACGAACAUUGCAGAAUCACUAAUAAAACAUACAUAAU